AUGGUAGAGCGCCAGAAUAGAGAAACUGCUCUCCUGUCUCAUAGUAUAACGGAGACGAUUUGCAAAGAGGCCUGCGAUGAAAAUAAGGAUUUAGAAAAAGAAGAAAACAAAUCCAGUUCUAAUGAUAAAGAUAAUGAUGGCAAUAGUCAAGAAGAAGACAACUCCAAGCUUUCAACUGAUCAUACCUAUUCAGCAACCGCUUCAGGAGACACCCUAGCAGUCAGCAGUGAGGAAUCUAGCGAAAACCUCGACAAAGAAAACGAUGAAGGAUCACCGGCAGUUCCUAGCGAAACAAAAGCCGACGACCCCGUAUUGAACAACAAAAUCGAAGAGAGCAAUUCGGAAACAGUUUCCUGCGAUGGCGAUCAAGAAAUGUCAAAGUCUGAAAACGGCACCUGCGAAAAAUCGUCAGAUAGUACCAAAGAAUCUACGGCCGAAACGACAGACGCUAUCAUCAGGAAUAGCAAUGACAUAGCUGUAGUACUGGAGCCGUUGAAUCUGCAAGAACUGGCGGUUAAACAGACGGCGAAGCGCAGGCGCAAAUCGAAUAGUAAGCAAAAAGACGAGGUUAACGGUGAUGGAUCGGAGCCGCAGAAGAAGCGAAGAAAGGGGAAAGUCGCGAAAAACAAUCAUGACGGAAAUAAGGCCGGUGGAAGUAUGCAGGAUGGUGGACCAAUGGAUGAAGACAUGGACAUGGACGACGAUUUUGAUCCCUCUUUGUUGUGUCCGGAUAUAUCGAUGGAUGUGGAUGAGGCGUUGGUCAUCACUAAUACAGCGGAAUCUACACCUAACGACGGCAGUACUAGUCCAUUGCCAUAUGAACCAACCUUUUCUGAGUUGGUGGAUGAAAUAACGGGAGCAGAAGUUCAAAUUGAUUUAACGCCAGAAGAAGAGGAGAUACGACAAAAAAUAUUUAACCCAGAAAAUUCAGUGCAGUACACGAGGAUCCAUUGUACAGCGUGCAACGUGCACUUAGGCAGUGCCUUAUUCGGAGCAAACAACCGAUUCGUUCAUCCCCUGUUGAAAGUGUUGAUAUGCAAAAAUUGCUAUCACUUUUACACAAGUGGUGAGUUUGAAAAGGAUGAAGAUGGCAGCGAAUUGUAUUGUAGAUGGUGUGGACAAGGCGGUCAAGUACUGUGCUGUUCAUCUUGUGAAUUUGUUUUCUGCAAGAGGUGCAUUAGAAACAAUUUUGGCCCAAGGAAAUUUAAAGAAAUCCGGGACAGUGACGAUUGGAAUUGCUUCAGGUGUGAUUCUAAGCAACUCGGCUAUUUGAAAGCAUCGUGCGCGGAAUUCAUGAAUUAUUAUCGAACUGAAUUGAGACGAGUUCAAGUUCUAGCCGAACAGCACCCAGAAUUGAUGACCACAGAUUACACGAAAUGUUGUUCCAACGAUGAGAACAAACCGGAAGAGUCAUCGGAGAAAGCUCAACAGGCGGCCAAAACGGUUCGUCGGAAAAGAAAAGACUCCAGCGAUGAUCCUGAUUACAAACCUGUCUUGGACGAUGGAGGGGACCCUUUUACAAGGAAAUCUGUUCCUGCGGUGCUCAUACCAUCUACAGUAAACAAGCAAGUUCCAGCGCCGCUAAGGCCGCUUCUACCAAAGGGAGGUGUCGCUCCAGUGCCAACUACCGGAAUACGACAAAUACUUUUGCAAAAACCGACCGCCGGGGGCCCUCCAAGGCCAAUGUUUAAAGUUGGCAACACAACAUUUAGGGCAAAACCAGGCGUUCCUACAAGUUACACGAUACAGCGGCCAACUUUAGGUCAAACUCCCAGUAUUAUAAAGUUAGUACCUCAGCGACCUCAAGGACCACGCCCAAUUAUUAGGCCUACGUCUAGUUUGCCAGUGAACAACAGAACAAUAUUGAAUACAGUUCUGACCACUACUCAGAACAAACUGACCACGACCUCUACGGUAAAGCACGAAUGGUUCGAGAAAACCGUAAGGGCAUCUGCUAGGGUUAAUUCCAAUUUGUCCUAUACCCUAACCCAACUUAAUCGACAACAAUCGGUAGCUACCAGUGUCGAAGCGCUAGCCGUUGUUCAUAACAAGCUCCAAGAAGUUCUAAGUACUUCGAUCAAUACUCUAAUUCAAAUUAGGAAAAAUCUACGUACUGAAUUUAUAGCAGGAAUUAAGAAUAUUAAAUUGCCCCCAAAACAACCAGUUCCAACAGCUCCGAUUUUAGUCAAGGACGAUGACGAUGUGAUAUUUGUCAAUCCAGCGGUUUCCAAAGCUCAAACUUUUCCCCCGCCACCUCCACUCGUAUUUCAACCAGUAGCGGCAGCUGCAACUAAGCAGAUAACUGCGAGUGUUACGCUUGAGCCUAGGCCUAGUACUUCGAAAGCGCCUGUGCCAGUGGUUGAAGCUGAUAAACCGGCCAGUCCUGUGCCAAGGGGCGGAUUUUUAAAGGUUAGGUCAUUUUCGGCUCUUCAAAACGUAACGUCCGAAUGCAUUACCAUCCCCGAUGAUCCCCCGCCUAAAGAAAAUGUCGAAAUUGAAAUCAAACAGGAUCCACUUGUUGUCCCCCCAGAAAUUAAGACGUUAGAAGAACCAAAGGAGGAGCCAGAGAAACCCGAAGAUGUUCCCGAACCGACAGUCCCAAAAAAUCAGGCAACAUCUCCGAUGGACACUGAGAAUUUCGUCUACAACGUGAAUGAAGCUCCCAGUGCCGAAGUUAGAAGAAUGAUGAACGCCAUCGUCCAAGUGAAGAAAUCGCGUGUGAUCGACGAAAUCAUCAGGGUACGGGGUUUAUACAAAACUGACGAGGUAACAUGAGCACAUUGAGAAUCUCCGUUCAACUGAUAACGUUGCCAUUAAUAUUAAGUUUCUUUAUUUCUUCCAUGUGAAUUUGUUACUGUAGAAGCAAGAAGGUUGUUGGGAAUUAUUUUUUGUACUUUAGGUGUCUUUUAAGAUUAAGGAAGGAGCAUAUCAAAUAUCUUAGAUCCAUCGCGAUGGGACUGAAAUUCCGGUUUAUCAGUGCCGUUCUAAUUUUAUUUAAAAAGUGUAAAACUAUGAUGUAGGGUAGACGUAGGGAGACUCAAUAAUUUGUUGUUUUAUUUUACGUCGUGAAUAUAUGU